GCACGAGUCCGACAGGCGCGAACUCACGGGACCGAAGGACGGCAACGACGCCGACGAGCGCUUGUUGCAGUUGGAUGACGACGUGGAGGAGGAGGAUAAUGACGAGCCGCUGCGAUCACGGCAGCGACUUGAGCAGCAGCGAAAUGGGGACGGGCUUGGUGGCGCUUCGUUGUCAACCUUCCCACAUGAUGAGCCGCUGCUGCAGGCGCUGUGGGCGUUUCUCGUCAGCUGUGCGGAGGCAAAUAGCAACAACAACAACAACAACAACAAAAGUAGCGGUGGCGGUAGCAUGGAGAGUGGCCGUGGCGCAGAGCUCCUCCGGCAGCAGCGGUGCCACUGUGUUGUGGUGCCGCCCGCCCUCGCCACGCUGAUGAUCGCCUUUUCGCGACGCUCCAUGUACGGCACCCUCACUGCGUAG